AUUAUGGGGCGGAGAUGGCAUUCUAGUACACACACAGAGACGACGGCAAAGCAAGGCUAGUACGAGACCUGUAACACACCUGCAAGCGAAAAAGGACACCUAUAAACGGCCCGCGAACCACCAAAAGUGUCCUGCAGACGAGGACUUUGCUCUUGUAUUUCGGUGUCAUGGCUCCAAAUGAUUUGAUGAGCAACGCGGAGGACGUGGCGGAUCAGUUCCUUCGAGUGACGAAGCAGUACCUUCCUCACAUAGCACGCCUCUGCCUGAUCAGCACGUUUCUAGAGGACGGCAUUCGUAUGUGGUUCCAGUGGAGCGAACAGAAAGAAUACAUCGAGACGACGUGGAGCUGCGGCUUCUUCCUGGCCACUCUGUUUGUCUUAAUAAACUUACUCGGGCAGCUGGGUGGUUGUAUACUGAUCCUGAGCAGGAAUUUUGUGCAGUACGCUUGCUUUGGAUUAUUUGCUAUCAUCGCCUUACAGACUGUUGCCUACAGCAUUCUUUGGGACCCAAAGUUUUUGAUGAGGAACUUGGCUCUGGGUGGAGGUUUGCUGCUGCUGCUCGCCGAGUCUCGUUCUGAGGGCAGGAGUAUGUUUGCUGGAGUUCCCACAAUGAGAGAGAGCUCUCCGAAACAGUACAUGCAGCUCGGUGGCAGAGUCCUACUGGUGCUCAUGUUUAUGACGCUGCUACACUUUGACACAAGCUUCCUCUCGAUCUUACAGAACCUUGUGGGCACAGCUCUCAUCGUCCUGGUAGCGAUCGGUUUCAAGACCAAACUGGCUGCCCUCACCCUGGUCAUCUGGCUGCUGGCUAUAAACGUCUACUUUAACGCCUUCUGGACCAUUCCAGCAUACAAACCCAUGCACGACUUCCUCAAAUACGACUUCUUCCAGACCACGUCAGUGAUCGGAGGUCUUCUGCUGAUCGUAGCGCUCGGUCCGGGUGGAGUGUCAAUGGAUGAGAAGAAGAAAGAGUGGUGAGACGGGACUCUCCUCAAAAUGGCUCACUCAGUAGUUUGUUUGUUUUUUUUUCUGUGCAGUUAUCACUCGAAGCAGGUACACUACUUAGGGAGGAAAGAGCCAAUUGAGACGUGGCCUCACAAAAUCAAAAUCAAAAAACACCCCAGGACCAACAGAUUGACCCGCUCCACUGUCCACAUCUCAUGCACUGUCUGUGUUUUCAUCGUUGUGUGCUUACUGAAUUUAUUUUCUACCAGCACUUUUAGACAUGUAUUAGUUUAACAUAUUUAUUUUCUAAAUGGUCGGGUCCGAUUCUGUUAUUUGAGAACCCCUUUGAAAAUCUGUGUUAUAAAAGCUGGGACCAUGUUGAAUGAAUAACCGUUUUGUUUGGGGGUUUUUUUGGCCAUUUUACUUUGCCUUUUUUAUUUCGGUGCCAAUUGCAAGUCAAUGUACCAAAGACAUC